UGUUAAAAUCAGUGGGGUGGUGGUGAAGAGGUAUAUACUCAUGGUGUUUCUACAGUGGAGUCAUUAAGUUUACUGUCGUUCACUGACGGCGACCCUCAAAGCCACACAGCAGCCAUUACCACAAAACAACCUGAAUAAUGUUGGCUGAGAAUUUUGGAAAACAGUUGGGACACCCAACAAGAUCAGUAGCAGGAUGGCUGGUAACAAGGUUUCUCACCAGGUUCAACCAUUUCCUGGAGGAGAAUGCUGUGCAGCUGAGUGGAAUCCAACCUGGGGAUACAGUGCUGGAGCUGGGGUAUGGCCCAGGACUUGGUCUGGAGUCAGCAGCUAAACUUCUCACAGAUCCCUCAGGCCACCUUGUGGGGGUGGAUUACUCAAAGUACAUGCAUGGGAUGGCAAGUGACCGAAUGAAGGAAUUUGUGGCCAGUGGAAAAGUGACCUUACACAACUGUGAUGUUGCAGCAAUGCCUCUGACAGACAGCACUGUGGAUAAAGUCUUUCACUGUAACUGCUACUACUUCUGGCCUGACCUCAGAAAGGGAGCCACCGAGAUACACCGUGUAAUGAAACCAGGGGGCCUAAUGGUGACCACACUGAGGCUGUCCUAUGUGGCAUCUUUUGCCGCAAAGCGAGUGCUACCCGGGAAGAACUGGCAGCCAAAGAACUACAUUGCUGCUCUGAGAGACUCUGGCUUUACAGAUGUCAGAAUGGAAGACAAACAGUACAAACAAAUUACUUUUCAGGUCAUCUAUGCCACUGCCUUAAAAUAAGAUUGAAACCAAACUUAAGAACUGUGGAUUAAGUAGACACUGAACACUGCAAUCAGAGACUGUAGGUAGCCUAUUCUAAACCACUUUUGUUAUUUUGAGGUCAUGUUGUAAUUUUUCAAUGAAGAAAUGUCUAAAUUUCUCUAGAUGUAAAACACAUACCUGAUCAGAAAUGUUUCUCUACUGAUUUUUUGACUCAGAGUUCCUCAAGUUGUACCCUUUCCAACAUAGAAAUGUAGUCAUUUCUUGUUAUCACAAACGAAUACCUGAUUUUAAAUGUAUCUCCUGUCUGUCUUAUUCAAACAUCCUCAGGUUUUAAUUUUUGAACGUGGAAAUGUCACAAUUUAUUAAAAGAAAAAAAAAUUAAAUAAAAACCUGAUCAAACUUUUCUCUA